AUGUCUCAGCAUGGAGCCUCAAAUCAUCACGCUACUUUAAAGAAUGAGUGACAGCUUCUGAGCCUUCCAUAAGCCAGCCUUCCAGGAAGAGAGACUGCAUUCUAUGAAGAGAGAGCCAGCCUUCCAGGAAGAGAGACUACAUUCUAUGAAGAGAGAGCCAGCCUUCCAGGAAGAGAGACUGCAUUCUAUGAAGAGAGAGCCAGCCUUCCAGGAAGAGAGACUGCAUUCUAUGAAGAGAGAGCCAGCCUUCCAGGAAGAGAGACUGCAUUCUAUGAAGAGAGAGCCAGCCUUCCAGGAAGAGAGACUGUAUUCUAUGAAGAGAGAGCCAGCCUUCCAGGAAGAGAGACUGCAUUCUAUGAAGAGAGAGCCAGCCUUCCAGGAAGAGAGACUGCAUUCUAUGAAGAGAGAGCCAGCCUUCCAGGAAGAGAGACUGCAUUCUAUGAAGAGAGAGCCAGCCAUCCAGGAAGAGAGACUGCAUUCUAUGAAGAGAGAGCCAGCCUUCCAGGAAGAGAGACUGCAUUCUAUGAAGAGAGAGCCAGCCUUCCAGGAAGAGAGACUGCAUUCUAUGAAGAGAGAGCCAGCCUUCCAGGAGAGACGCUGCAUUCUAUGAAGAGAAAGACAGUCUUUCAGGAAGAGAGACUGCAUUCUAUGAAGAGAAAGACAGUUUUCCAGGAAAAGAGACUGCAUUCUAUGAAGAGAGAGCCAGCCUUCCAGGAAAAGGGACUGCAUUCUAGGAAGAGAGAUUGCAUUCUAGAAAGAGAGAGCCAACCUUCCAUGAAAAGAGACUGCAUUCUAUGA